GCCGCCGUGCCCCCCGUGCUGCGGGGCCCCGUUUCUCUGGGUCUCUCCCCUCUCAGGGAGAGGCCUCGCCAGGCCCUGGGGCCUCGCCUGCACUCUGCGUCUUUCAGACUUCGAUUCGGGCUUGUUUGGGGAUUUAGGGAAAGCCCAUGAGGGCGGUGGGAGCGUCGGGACUCAUCAGGCUUUGAGUUUGCUGCUAGCAGCUUGUUGCUUUUAAUUCUUUGUGCCAUGCUGGUGCCUCUUUGUUGCAGAGACUCUUCAGGCGAGCUGGGGACAGAGGCGUUUCUGGAGGCAAGGUGCUGUGUGCUUGGCAGGCGAAGUAACAAUCCCUGUGUCUUAGGUGACCAGCGUGAGGUGUGGAGCCUCUUUGAAGAGAUGUUCUUGCAGCUUUUGACAUGGGGCUUUUUUCUUCUGGGAGCAGGGUCUUUACAGGUUUAAUGUGAAUAGCACGCAGGGCUGGGCUGCAAGAGCAAGAAGGCAGGAUGUUGUCGAGACCGAAGCCUGGGGAGUCUGAGGCAGACCUGCUCCACUUUCAAAACCAAUUCCUGGCAGCCAGAGCUUCACCUGCAGUGAAGAUUGUGAAGAAAGCAGACAAGAGAAAAGGGGAGGAAGGGAGCACCGAUGCUGAGAGACCCCGGCUACAGAACAGCAAGGAUGUCGUCAUGUUGGAUGAGUUUCCUGAUGUUCUCCCAGCUCUAACUCCAGCUCCUCCAAAAAAGUCCAAGAUCAAAAGUGCCUCUGUCCACUUUGAGGAUGAAGAUCCAGAGGAAAGACUGGAGAGACAUGAUCAACACAUUACAGCAGUCUUCAGCAAAAUUAUUGAACGAGACACGAGUGCAGUGGCAGUGACUAUGCCAGUGCCCACAGCAGACCCAUUUCCAAGAACGUUUCACCGCUCUGAGAUAAAAAGUGAGGUGAAGGUGGGUUCUGGAAGAAAAAGCAUCUUCGCACAGAAGAUGGCAGCGAGAAGGGCUGCUGAAAAGGCAGCAACGUCUCCCUCUGCUGCCGAGUGUGUGCAAACAGGAUCAGCUGUUCCGGAUGCCCUGGAUCCCGAGGGAUCAGCGGGAGAGGCUCCUCUCUCUGGCAUCGGGGGUGAUAAAGCUGCUGACUUUUCGAACUCUCAGUGGCCUUGUCUCAUAACGGGAGAGGGUCUUGGAAGCCAAAAGAGUGAGCAGGAAGCUCAAGCUAUUCACAGAGAGAACUUGGAGAAGCUGAGGUCCAUGUCUGAGGAAGAGAUCCUGCAGGAGCAGGAAAGGCUGCUGGCUCAGCUGGAUUCCGGUUUAGUUGCUUUCUUAAAGUCACGACGUAGUGGCAGUGAAGGCCAGAAAAAGGAAUUAAAAAUGGAACAGAACAAAACGGAGGAGUUUGUGGAAUCUCUGCCUAUGGCUCAGCAUGGUGUAGGAUCAUCUCUUUUCAUGCAGGAGUCAGGUCUGGAAGAAUCUGUAAGGAAGGAAGAAAACACGAAGCUAGAAAUCGCAGGUGAUGAUCUGCCUGUGAAGCCUAAGAAGGAAUGGAUUCACAUGGACAAUGUGGAGUUUGAGAAGCUGGAAUGGAUGAAGGAUUUGCCUUCACUCCGACAGAAGAAAACCAGAAAGGGAAUGCAAGCUCGUUUCAGUUUAAAAGGAGAAUUGAUUCCUGCAGAUGCUGAUUUACCGACACAUCUAGGUCUGCAUCACCAUGGAGAAGAGGCAGAGAGGGCUGGUUAUUCCCUCCAAGAGCUCUUUCAUUUGUCUCGCAGCCAAGUUAUUCAACAGAGGACACUGGCUCUACAGGUCUUGGGUCGUAUUGUUCAAAAGGCCAGGGCUGGAGAGUUUGCUUCCUCCUUGAAGGGCAGCAUUCUGCGUCUGCUGCUUGAUGCUGGGUUUCUCUUCUUGCUGCGCUUCUCACUGGAUGAUGCAGUGGAUAAUGUCAUGGCAGCAUCUGUUGGUGCUCUCCGGGCUCUGCUGGUGUCACUCGAUGAUGAGAAAUAUCUCGAUUGGACUUUCUCAUGGUACCAGGGGAUGGCUGCAUUCCCCUUUGUCCCCAACAAUGAGGAGGAAGAAGAGGAGGAAGAAGAAGAAUUAAAUGGAACAGAGAAGUCUCAAGAUAAAAAAUUAAAGGAUGAAAACAAGCCAGAUCCAGAUGUGGCCCGAUACGAUGUUGUGAAGGGACUUUUGAAGACACGGAUCCAGCACCGGCUGAGGUACAUCCUGGAGGUGGUACGACCUGUUCCAACAGUAGUGCUGGAUAUACUCCACAUUCUUACUCACAUAGCAAGGCACUCCUCUGAAGCAUGCAUCCAGCUGCUUGACUGUCCUCGGUUGAUUGAGACCAUUGUCAGGGAGUUUCUCCCUACUCAGUGGGAUCCCCAGGUGGCUGAACCAGGUUGUUUACUCACCAGCCUCCAUGGAGUUGCUUGCGCCACUGCUAUGAAGUUCAUCAGAGUGUUGGCAUCUGGAGGCCGAAAUGCAACAGCCAGGCUGCUUAACAACUUUGAAAUGAAAAGUCGGUUAAGUAGAUUUAUAGCUGAAGACCCGCUGGAUCUGCUCCUGCCAAGGGAAGAAGCCAUCAGGCUAAGCACCGAAGCUUUCCGGCUGUGGGCUGUGGCUGCUGGCUAUGGUCAGGCCUGUGAUCUCUACAGGGAUCUCUACCCUGUGCUGGUGAGGAUACUACAGUCCCUGCCCGAGUUGCUCAGCACUUGCCAUGGGAAGAGCCCCAUGACUGAGUUGUCUGUCCAGCGAGCUACAGCAGUAGUCACUCUGCUGAUACGUGUGACGCAAACAGCAGGCUACGCGGCAGAGCUGCAGGCCAAGCUGAGCAGUAAUAUCUCAGAAGAUAGUGAGCAGAUUCCACCUCCUCCAGUAGUGUGGAGUCAAGUGUCAGGUUUACAGCCCUUCCUUGAGACCAGUCUGAAAAAAUUUCUCCAGGAGAUAUCCCAGACAGAAACUUGGCAAACUCUCCAGCCUCUGACCACAACUUACGUGAUCUACUUGGGAGUUUAUUACAGUGCUUGCAGCCAACAGCCAUCAGUCAAUCCAAUUGACUGCUUAGAGGAACUGGAACGUUUGACAUCUGAGGUGCUGCAGCCCCUUCUCAGCCAGCCAGCCAUACACAGCAUGUGGGACUUGCUCAGGCCGUGCUCUGCUUUGUGCAACCCUCUGUCGUGUUCCCCAGCACCAGAAUCUGUCUUCAGCAUUGCAUCUCUGAGUUGCACGGGAGGCAAACCUCCUUUGAGCCUGCUUGGCUCGAAGUCACCUUUCCCCUUCCUCACUGCCCUCCUGUUUCUCAUCAAUAGCAUCACUCACAUUCAUAAGGGCCUGACCAGCAAGUACAGCUCUCUGCUGGACUUCAGGGGCUUGAAGGAUUACCUGCAUCAGAGCUGGCAGACCGGACCUCCCUCUGUAACUCCCUCAUCCGCGUGGAUCCUGCGCCAUGAAUAUCAUCUGCAGUACUUCGUGUUAGCAUUGGCUCGGAGAAUGGCAGGCACUUGUCCGGAUUACGCCCAGCAUGCCUCGCUCCAUCACUGUGUUGCCAUGGCAUUGCUAAGCCGUCUGUUGCCAGGGAGUGAGCAUCUGGCUUACGAGGUCCUACUGGAUCUUGCCUUUAAUCCAGAAUUUCUUCCCGAAGGGAAAGCUGGAGGGCCAGAAGCAGCUGACUUCUCUGAUAUCCUGCAUCUGGGUACUGGUGCCAAACUGGCACAGCCUGGCUCUGCGGCAGCAUUUUUUUCAAAGGCUUCUCGUGGUGCCCUGCUGAGAGAAUCCUACCAGAACCUGCCUUUCAUCCGCUCCUGCUACCUUUCUCAUUUUGUCCACUUACAGCCUACCCUUAUGCGUUCCCAAGCAUCCUAUCAAGGACGGAAUUACCUCAUCCAGUCAAUGCUGCUUCCUGAGGUCAAAGGGCCCAUCCUGCCUUCAGACUGGCCCUUCUUUCCGCUUAUCAGCCUUUACAACAAAGUGACUAAUGCAGAGACACGCGGGGCUGUACUGAACUCUCUCCCUCUUGAUCUCGUCAACACUGUGACCUGGAACCUGCAGUGGGUCUUGUUGCUAGAAACGUGGCGUGCUAAAACCCUUCAGAGCAUCCCUGCUGCUGCCAAACUUGCACGCCUCAUGUGUGUCUUCCUCACAGGCAGCGACCUCUUUCUAGAAGCACCUGUCCACCGCUACACAGCUGCCCUUCUCUCUGUGUAUUGCCAACCCAAGGCACUGGACUCCCUGAACUUGGAUGCUCCUCUCCCUGGUUUGGCAUCCUUCCACGAUCUCUAUAUAAGUCUCCUGGAGCAGUUUGAAGGUGUUUCCUUUGGAGAUCCGCUCUUUGGAGUCUUUGUUCUUCUACCUCUACAGAAACGUUUCAGCGUUCAUCUGCGUCUCUCUGUUUUUGGGGAGCACACAAGUAUCUUGCAUGCGCUGGGAGUGCCACUCCAGCAGUUUCCUGUGCCUCUGGAGCGAUACACUUCCCCCCCUGAAGAUGACCUGAACCUCCUGCGACUCUACUUCCGGACACUGGUCACUGGUGCACUGCGCCACACCUGGUGCCCUGUUCUUUAUGUGGUGGCUGUGGCCCAUGUGAACAGCUUUAUUUUCUCCCAGGACAGCACGGCACAGGAGACUGAUGCUGCUCGGAAAAGCAUGCUGCGGAAGACGUGGUUGUUGGUGGAUGAGACCUUGAAAAAGCACCUACUGUACUAUAGACUGCCGAAUGCAGAGAGCCCCUUGGGGUUUGACCUUUAUGAGCAACUCCCUCCCAUGCGACUGAAGUACCUGCAGAUGGUGACACAGAAAGAAAAUAAGGAGAAUGCACCAGUGCUAGUCUCAUAGCAAAACACUUGUGCAAGAGGAAGACCACGGUGGAGAACGGAGGAGCUCAGUUUAUGCUUCACUGAUGAAGCUACGUGCACUUCAGACAGUUUCAGUGUCUUACCUGGACACUCGUGGCAUCCUUGUGAGGUGAAGCACUACUAGAAUGCUCCCAGCCCUGCAGAACAAUAGGCAUCUUCUCAAGAUACGACAAUAUGUGUGUGUGAUGAGCGUUGGAGCAUUUUUCUCCAUUCUCUUUCAGGUGGUUCUGUUUUUCCCUGGAGAAGGUGAGACUGUCUGAAAGGCACUGGACUGUUGAAUAAACUGAAGGAAGGGGAACAGCUAUUUUGUUCAGUCAGGCUGGAGACUGUGGGUUCUCAAGAUGAUGUCUGUCUUCCCCAGAUCUUUCCCUUGUAUUUUUUUUUUUUUUUUGGUACCCUGAAUUUUAAAUCGAUCCUUUCCCCACGCUAUCCCUGUCAAUAAAAUGACAACACAACAGGGAAGAAGCUGAUCCCUAGAGCUUUUUUUUUUAAAAAAAAUACAUGCAAGGAGUUUCUCUAGGACAGAGUUCUAUGCACACAGUCACACAGACGUGUUGUGUCAGACCUCUAAGAAAUAAUAGUUCCCAGUGCACUGAUGCAAACACUGGAUGUCCUCCCUUGGUUGUCUUUUGGAUAGUCUCUAAACUGCUUUAUUUUGUCCCUUAAUUUGGUUACAUAUAUAAUAAGAUCAAAAAUAAUUUAUUUGUAGGGCUGGAUGCUUGGCAGUAACCACUCCCCAUUAAAGAAAAAAAGGAAUGUAUUUUAAGUUUUAAAGUGGAGUUCCUAAGCUUCAACCUAAUAUUAAAAAUUCCUAAUUUGAUCCCUCUUCUACAUGAAAAUUCUAUAUUACAGCUUCAGACACAAGGGCUACAAAUAUAGUGCCCUAAAAGGCUUAUCACAACUGCCAGGUCAAGUGCAGAAUUUUACCCUAGGUGUGAUCUCAUGGGAUAUUUAAUUUAUAUCCAAUAAUUUUUGCAGAACAAUAGUCAUUCUGGCAGGCUUUUGUUCAGAGAACUUACUUCUGUAAACAAAACUUGUUAAAGUUAUUUCUUGUUUUGUUCUUAUUGAAUAAAUUCCUCUGGAAGGUGCAGGGUGAUGCCUAGCCUGAAGACCUAAACUUCUCUUUACCUGUCAGACAGGCCAAGGUAGCUUCCCUCCAAAGAAACUAUGCCUAUAUAAACCUUGCUCCAGUGAAUGUCCUAAUGAGUGUGAAACACUGUUAAUAGGCCAGCUUGUAACUGUUGAAAUUGUUCUAGACAAGAAACAAGUUCUAGCUAGCAACUUUAUGGCUGUGGCGUUGUCUUUGCAUUGGCAGUUUUCUAAAUGGGCCAGUCCCCCUUAGGUUGCCAGAAAAUAGUUUCAUCAUUUUCACCUCUUAAGUCAGAUAGGACAUGGGUGGACCUGAUGUUUCAUUUUAAUCUCUAUUUUUUUUUUUUUUCCCCCCUCUAUUGGAGCUUUUGAUCUGUGGUUUCUCUCUGCUGCAGGUCAGUGGCACAUAAAGUAACAAAAGCACCGUGGUCAAUGUGUUUUUUCUGUUGUUAAUUAUUUUAAAAGUACUUGGUGUGAUUAAACUUUUAAUCAAAGGCA